GGCACAACUAACUCCACGAUGCCCCGCUGACGCCCGUGGCAGACAGCACCAGCAGAUUGCUGCUCAAGUCAUGUACCAGUCCUCGUUCUGACUCCGUUCCUUCGACGUGACACAGGUUGAUGGCCGAAAUCCGUGUGCUCGAAGUCAUCGAGGAGUCUCGCGUCCAGCUCGAACAGCUGGAUCAUUAUCGCGGCGUCACAAUCGCACAGCAGGAAACAGUCGCGCUUUCUCAGCUCAUGCUUGAUCGCCAACGGCGCCAUGAGAUGGAUCUAAAGUUGGCACAACUUGACCGCGAGCGGCAGGAGGAACAGCACCGCAGUCGUCGCGUGCCGUCACCACCCCAGGGGCAUGACCACGAGUACAGCUCAGCAUCGUUCGAAGACAUAUCCUCGCUUGGCUCGUCAGAGGGAAGUUCCGAUACAGCCACACCUGAUCUCGAUCGGUACAAAGUUGCCCCGGGGCGGUCGCCAGAUCCCCGGCUCGACGCUGUCGACGCAGAUAUUGCGGAGGAGAUUGGUCAAGACACAGCACAGGACGAGUCUGUUGUGUACAUCGAGCCAGUCUCGGAAGCUGUGAUCGAAGAUGAGAGCAGCGCGCCGGAGAUGAUGGAAGUGGACGAGCACCAAGCCGCAGACGACCAACGCACUCGAUUGCACCACGAUACCACGUCUCUCUCGGCCAGCGGCAAUUUGGCGAUGGAGCUGAAGCGGCGCGAGUUGGUGCUUGAGGAGCGGCUCAAGGCCGAGCUGCACGCCAUUCAGCUCGAUCGACAGCGUCAUGCCACGGAUCCAAGACACGACGACUUGGGCCACAGUCUGGAGCAUGCGCUUUAUAUGCAGUAUGCGGCGGAGAAGGCCGAGAUCGCCCUGAAGUGGAAUGCGGCCCUUCGAGAAGAGCGUCAAGAGAAAUCUGCGAUUGCUACUGCCGAACAGCUCACUGCACAGCAUGCAUCUGCCCCGGAGUCGGUCUUGGAACCCAUCACAAGCGGCGUGGACGUGGCCGAGCCCUCGGAACGCACCCAGCCAGCCGAGUGCGUCAAGGGCCCUGUGGCCGAUUUCGGCAUCACCCCCGUGGACGAAGCCAUCAAUCUGAUCGCCACUCUGAACAAACAAGGGCACGACUUUCGUGUCCCGAUACCGCCGCCACUCUCGAUGCCUGGGACAGAGUUUAGCAAGCAGACGAGUCACGGUUCAUCGGCCUUGCCAGCAGAUGCGGCUCAGAGUCCCUUGCCUGGGUCGCCGAUCCAAAGCGCCGAUGCCGGCGCGCUCUCGUACCGUCCUGAAGAGUCAUUUAUGUCGAUCGAGGAGGACGUCCCUCUGGAUCUGGGCUCCGUCGAGAUCGAUGCGGAACGUGUCUCUGCACAAACGGCACAGUCGCUGAUGAGUACGGAGGAGCCGGUUGUCUCUGUCACCGAGACCUCGUUCCAGGCGGGUCGCUCUGCUCCACCACCUGCAAUAGCUGCGUUUGGCCGCGAGAGCGAUUCGGACUCGUCGCUGCUUCGAGGAAAAAUCGAACUCGCCCGGCAGACAGUGCAGUCGGAUGCCAUCGAGCGGAAGAAGGCAAAGUUGGCCGAGUCGCGGAAGCUUGCUGAAGGCCUGCUUGAGGAGCGACUCAAUCAAGAUAGGCAGCGACGAGAACUAAAACGCGAAACGAAAGAGAUCAGUCGCCUCCUGGACAAGAUCCUGAGCCCAGCUCCGCUGCAUCAAGGCACGGAGAGUAGGUCUGUGUCGGCCGAGGUGCCUGGAGCCGCAGCACACAGCAUCCAGGCUCCAGCCGAAGGAUUCGCCAUUGCGAGUCUUCAGGGCCAACUCACCGCCUCCAAGUACACACCUGUCGUCGCCCGCGCCGACACGGCAGUCAAACCGAUUCCCACUUCUGGGAGCGUGUCUCAAGAUCACCAUCGCCAUGCGAGCAUUCCUGAAAGCAUUGACUUUGUGAGCGAUGCUGCAGAAAGUCUCGGGUCUAUAGCUGAGAGCGUCGUUGUCGAGUCCGAGAUCGCGACGCCGGUCGCCCUUCAGCCCUCCGAGCAACCGGUGCAUAUCCAGCACGAUCCAACGGCAGUCACCCUUUCCGCGAUACAACCACCCGACCAGUCAACUGCACCCGAGGUCGCUACCGACGAAAUCAUCGAAGAGCAGUCAGCCCAGCCGAUUUCAUCCGUCGCCAGCUCCGGUGUUCCGCUCUCAGCCAGAGACUCUGCAAGAUUCGGUGCUUCGUUGCUGGAAGCGCCUGUUGGUGGCAUGGCGUCAGACGGACGACCGGCAGAAAUCGUCAGCCAAGUCCAGCAUCCCGAUCUACAGUACACAAGCAUUGUCGCCGACACCGAACCCCAGUACCCAACUGAUUUUGAAGAUUUCGAGAAAUCCGCUGCAGCGGAAGAACAGGAGGACAGUCUGUCACUGGAAGAUUUAGAAAUCAAGACCCGGAUCCUGGCCCUCCAAAAGGAGGUGCUGCUCAAACGAAAGCAAGCCGAUGAGCUGCUCCAAAAGAAGCAGCUGCAGCGAACACUUGCCAAGCAAAAGAUGUAUGAAGCGGAGCUGAAGCUCAAGAGCGAGCUCAGUUUGCUUGACCACUUUAUCGAGAAAACCUCGACCGAGAUUGACCAUCUGGGCGGCCCAUCGAAAUCGAUUGACCAGCUGCCUCCAUUUGAUAUCAACGACGUCAAGCGCACGGGCAAGGCAAAGUCCAGCGUGAGCCCAGGCCCAAAUGUCCCACAGGUCGGCUCUGCUUCUCAAACACCAGCCAGUCAUUCUACUCAUCCCAUCGACGCCGAACCCAGAGCUAUGUCGCCGCGUGUUCCCGACACCUUGCCGGCGAGUGAGUACGCGGCCAAGACAUCUCCGCCCCCAGAAGAAAGCUUGAUCGAAGAGCAUAUCUCCCAGGCAAACUCGGUGGACAUGUCCGCGGCCGACUCGAUCAGCAGCUUCCAUGUUGAUGUCCGCGAACCGAUCAUCCCAGACGAUCGGGCUGACGCAGUUUCCCGAACAGCGGCCGACGCGCCCGGCGCUGACGUGGAUAUGAAUGAAGUCGAAGAAAGCAUUGUGUCGACACCUGCGACCGACAACAGUCAGGUGGAUCGGAUGUCCCUGGAACAACCCGUGCCAACGACCAUUGAGCAUGCUGCCAAAGCUCUUGCAAUCGGAUCAGCAGCACCUGUCGACGGAUCGAUGGACCUCUCGAUGCCGGAAGAGCAUGCCGAGGUCUCGGUGGCCUACUCUGACGAUGCCUUCGAAUCACUCGAUCUUCGGCCUGACGACUCGGAGCAGGCUUACCAAGCAUCACAGACACCAACUAAUAUCCCGAACCAUCAGCCUGUCGAGCAACCUUCUGUGGAUCGACUCAGGAAGUCAAAGACCCCACAUGAUCCCCAGCAGCCGGAAACCAGUACUGUCCUCGUCAGCGAGGUCUCAGAGGAUAUUCAGGAAGAUAUCGUGCCCGAAGAACCCAGGUGCGAGAGUCAAGACGAUAUCGCUCUCGAGGGAUCCGGACACCUUGAGUUGCAGGCGGCGCAGAAUGUCGCCGAGAUUUCGUCGGAGAUGGCGCAGGAUGCUGUCCGUCGGCGCGACUCCGAUGCUGUCUCCCAGCCGGCCUCUCAGAGCAGCCUGAAAGAUGCAGCAUUGAGCGACAACGAUGCAGCCGCUGGGUCGCAUCCACCCAUCACAGCCAAAGUCGAAGCGUUGCCCUCAAGCCAUGUGCCAAUGGACGAGUACCCCGAGUUGUUUGAAACUGAUCACAUCUCUGAAGAAAUUGAGGGCCGCUCGGAAGGGGCCAUUGCUGAACAAGCCCUGACCAUCGAUCAGCCGCUUGAGCCCGCUACAGGCACCUCACAACUAGCUUCUGCCCCUGCUUCCAAUGAGCCCGAACCACAUCUCCGAGCGGGCGAUCUUGACGCAGAUACUGUCGAUGAGGUCCAGAGCGCUCCAAUUGACUCGCAGAUGUUGUCAUCCUGUGAUCAACGGGCAGCCGAGCCAGCGCAUGGCAAGGAAGCUGAAGAUAUGGACCACGCCAUGGGACAAGAAGCUGAAGACCAACGGCUCGACACAUUCUCACAGCCACUGAUUCGAGAUACACCUGCUGAUUCGCCGACAGAGAAGAGCCUCUUCAGCGAUCAAGAUCUCGCACCGGUGCCACUGGGGUCGGAACUUGAGAGUGUCAUUCCAAUGAGUCCUAUUUGCCAGCACCACCUAAGGACCUUGUCGACGACCACAUUGAAGAAAUCAUUUCGGAAAAGCCUUUCGACAGCAGCCUUGAGCUCGAGAACGAGUACGAAUCGCAAGGUCGUGUCAUCUGAGUUGACAAGCGAAGCUCGGUACAUCUCUGGAUUAUCGACCGAAUCGCUCAUAAGUAUCCGUGAGCACCUCGCGAUCCCAACUGAGGAGUUGGACCAAGCGCCCGGCAAAGAACUGGCCCAAGUGCUGACCGAAGCGGCCUCAAAUGUAUGGCCUGACAUGCCGAGUGAAGCAAUAGCCGAGAAGCCAGCAGGUGGACUGCCAGCAGAAUCGCAGGGCGUGGCACUCUCUAAACCUGAAACGAGGCCAGGCGUAAACAGCACGAAUAGGCUUGGCUCAAAAGCGCAAUGGCACUGCAAUCACGCCGACCAUCGGAACGAGCAAAUGGCCGAGCACAUCUGCGAUGUUAUCUUUGAGCCGCUACUAGACGGAUCCGUUGAAGCUAUGCUGAAACUACGGCAUCAUGUCGCUGCGACCGGCAAUGUUGCCCGCGAUAACUCGGCUGCAGAGCAGCAGUUGGCCCUCGACGCGCGACCAGAACAACCGCAGUCUCAAGCCCAAUAUAACGAGUCAGUUGUCGACAUCAUCACGGAUAUGAUCCUCGCCGAUAUACUGAAGGAUCCGGCGUUGGAUGCUCUGUCCAAAAAUCAAGACGCUCCGGCAGCUGAAACGGCAACUGUGCAAGGGCAAUCCGCACCCCCGACCGAGUAUAUUCAAACAGAGACCCAACCUAUCGAAUCAGAAGGGGAGCAGCCCGUGGCGUUGCCAGAAGCAAUCGUACUGAAACCAACAGUCGAAGCGCACACGACUAUCGUCGAGCCACGGCCACCCAGCGAGCCAACCGAGGCAGCAUCACUCACCCCGGAAUAUGCCCUGGGUGUCGUUGACUUGAUUCUGAAAGAAUACGAAGCCCACAAGGCCUCGGUAUCGAAGCAGCAAGGCGUCACUCCGGCGUUGCAUUCGACGUAUAUCUCGCGGCGAUUCAUGCGCACGCUGAGCCAGAGCACGCCUUUCCGCAACCCAAUCUUCAACCAACUCGUUGUUGACGCCUUCAACCAGGCGACGAAGGAAAUGGCACCGUUCACCAACCAAAGCAUCAGUCAACUCCUUAUCUGCCACAAAACGGCAGUUACCGCAAGCACGAGCACCGACAUCCAAAACGUAAAGAGCAUCAUUGUGGACUGGAUGCUAUACUCGAAGGAGUAUGGGGAGAAUUUGGAUGCGCUACUGAUCAAAGAAGUCAAGGUGCAGGAGCGGCGGUGGCUCAAUACCGAUCUGAUGGCACCGCUCGUCAAGGAGCAAUGUGCAGAGAGCAUUUGGCAGCGUCUGCUCGAGGACACUGUCGCCUGCGUCCGACGCACCACUCAAGCCAAGUGGUAGAAGGCAGCUUCACAAUCCGCCCUGUUUGAAAGACGACAGUCCGGAACACGGAUGGGUUGGAUAAUAUUUUCGGCCGCUUGGUUGAAUGGCGUUGAUGGGCACUCACACGGUUAUGAUGUGCUGGGUUGGUGGGAUAUGGGCGGCAGAUAUUGGGCUUGACACUAUGGAGCAGAGAUAAUAAUACCGACUUGGUCGUAUGUGUAUCCCCA